AGAUGUCGCUGGAUGCCAUCUUCAGGGAGCUUGAGGACACAAACAUCUCUUUGAUGAAGAAAGAGCUGAGCCGGUUCAAGAAACUGCUGAGGCCAGAUUUCCCAGCAUGCUCUGUGAGUGAGGAGGAGGAGGAUGAUGAUGAUGAGGGUCAGAGCCGAGUGAGGGAGGGAGUUCUGAGGAUGUCGCUUCAAGUCCUGCGGAAGAUGAACCAGACGGACCUCGCUAACACACUACAGACCAAGCUGAUCUCAGUGAGUCAGCAACAACUGAAGUCCAGACUGAAGCAGAGAUUUCAGAGAAUCAGCGAAGGAGUCUCUAAUGGAGGGAACGUGACACUUCUGAACGAGAUCUACACAGAGCUUUACAUCACAGAGGGGGGGACUGGAGACGUCAACGACGAGCAUGAGGUGAGACAGAUCGAGACCUCGUCGUCCAGAGAUCUACUGACUCCGAUCAGAUGUAAUGACAUCUUCAAACCCUUACCUGGACGAGACAAAGCCAUCAGGACGGUUCUGACCAAAGGAGUCGCCGGAAUUGGAAAAACCGCUUCUGUGCAGAAGUUCGUCCUGGACUGGGCUGAAGGAAAAGCCAAUCGGGAUGUUCACUUCAUAUUUCCACUUCCUUUCCGAGACCUCAACUUGAUGAGGGAGAAGCGGAUGAGUCUGAUGGAGCUUCUCCGCUGUUUUUUCACAGAAAUGAAACCGAUAGAAUAUAACGACUUCAAAACAAUCUUCAUCUUUGAUGGUCUGGAUAAGUGGCGUCUUCCUCUGGACUUCCAGAACAAUGAGAUUCUGUGGGAUGUGACCGCAUCGGCUUCAGUGGACGUGUUGCUGACCAACCUGAUUAGAGGAAACCUGCUCCCGUCUGCUCGCCUGUGGAUCACCACGCGACCAGCGGCAGCCAAUCAGAUCUCUCCAGAGUGUGUCGACCAGGUCACGGAGGUCAGAGGGUUCAGAGACCCUCAGAAGGCUGAGUAUUUUCGGAAAAGGAUAAAAGAUCAGCGUCUUGCCAGUAGGAUUGUCUCACACGUCCAAUCGUUGAGGAGCCUGCACGUCAUGUGCCGCAUCCCAGUGUUCUGCUGGAUUUCCGCCACUGUUCUGGAGAAGAUAUGUGAAGCAGAUGGUGCAGAGAUUCCCAAGACUCUCACUCAAAUUUUCACACACCUGCUGAUUGUCCAGACCAAACUGAAGACCCAGAAGUAUGAUGGGAAAUGGGAUCUUCAGGAGGUCCGAAAGAGCAUCCUGUCACUUGGGAAACUGGCUUUUGAACAACUGGAAAAGGGGAACCUGAUCUUCUACGAGGAGGAUCUGAGACAGUGUGGCAUUGAUGUCCGAGAAGCGUCCGUGUGCUCUGGAGUUUGUACGCAGAUAUUCAAAGAGGAGUUUGGGCUGCAGUUGGAGAAGGUGUUUAGCUUUGUGCAUCUGAGCGUUCAAGAGUUUCUCGCUGCCUUGUACAAGCUCCUUUCCUUUUCUCAGGACAAGAAUGAGUGCUCAAUGACGGAUUUAAUGAAGAACGAAGUGGACAGGGCCUUGCGGAGCGAGAACGGACACUUGGAUCUCUUCCUCCGCUUCCUUCUGGGACUUUCGCUGGAGUCCAAUCAGACUCUCCUGCGGGGGUUAUUCACACCAAGAGAAAGCUCCAGUUGCACGCGGGACACGGUCGAGUACAUCAAGAGUAAAAUCCGAGAGAAUCCUUCCCCGGAGAAGUCCAUCAAUCUGUUUCACUGUCUGAGCGAGCUGAAUGAUCACUCCCUGCUGCAGGAGGUCCAGACGUACCUGAGCCGCAGCACAGGUGCCCAGCGCCUCUCCGGAGUCCAGCUCUCUCCGGCCCAGUGGUCGGCGCUUGUGUUCGUGCUGCUGAACUCCACGGAGCACCUGGAUGAGUUUCAACUGAGGGACUAUGAUCUAUCAGAGGAGUGUCUUCUGAGGCUGCUGCAUAUCAUAAAAUAUUCUUUCUCUCCCAGUCUGAGGGGUUGUAAUCUCACAGAUCAAAUCUGUUCAGCCCUGGCCUCCGUGCUCAGCUCAAACUUCUCACGUCUGAGAGAGUUGGACCUCAGUGACAACAACCUCCAGGUUUCAGGAGUACAGCUUUUCUCUGCGGGACUGAAGAACCCUCACUGUAAACUGGAGAUACUGAAAUUGUGUAACUGCAAUAUUCGAGAGGACAGUUGCGCUGCUCUGGUUUCAGCACUGAUAUCAAACCCGUCACAUCUGAGAGAACUCAAUCUGAACUUUAAUAAACUUGGAUAUUCAGCAGUGAAGCUUUUGUCUGUUCUACUGGAAGAUCCUCACUGUAAACUAGAGAAAGUACAGCUGUAUGACUGCAGAAUUGGAGAGGGAAGUUGUGCUGUUCUGGCUUCAGCACUGAUAUCAAACCCCUCACAUCUGAGAGAACUCAAUCUGAACAAUAAUGAACUGGGAGAUUCAGGAGUGAAGCUUCUCUCUGGUCUACUGAAGGACCAAGACUGUAAACUGGAGAAACUACAGCUCGAUGACUGCAGUAUUGGAGAGGAAAGUUUUGCAGCUUUACUUUCAGGUCUGAGAUCAAACCCUUUACACAUCAGAGAACUUAAUCUGAGCUGGAACAAACCAGGAGAUUCAGGAGUGAAGCUUCUCUCUGAUCUACUGAAGGAACCACAGUGUAAACUGGAAAUACUACAGUUGGAGUGCUGCAGUAUUGGAGAGGAAGGUUGUGCUGCCCUGGUUUUAGGUCUUUUAUCAAACCCAUCACAUCUGAGAGAACUCAAUCUGAACUACAAUGAACCAGGAGAUUUAGGAGGGAAUCUUCUGUCUGUGCUACUGAAGGAACCACACUGUAAACUGGAGAAACUAAAGCUGGAAUAUGACAGUAUUGGAGAGGAAGGUUGUGCUGCCCUGGCUUCAGCACUGAUAUCAAACCCCUCACAUCUGAGAGAACUCAAUCUGAGCUGGAACAAACCAGGAUUAUCAGCAGUGAAGCUUUUGUCUGAUCUACUGAAGGAUCCACACUGUAAACUGGAGAAACUACAGCUGUGUGACUGCAGAAUUGGAGAGGGAAGUUGUGCUGUUCUGGCUUUAGCACUGAUAUCAAACCCCUCACAUCUGAGAGAACUCAAUCUGAACAAUAAUGAACUGGGAGAUUCAGGAGUGAAGCUUCUCUCUGGUGUACUGGAGGACCCACACUGUAAACUGGAGAAACUACAGCUGGAAUACUGCAGUAUUGGUGAGGAAGGUUUCACUGCCCUGAUUUCAGGUCUGAAAUCGAACCCGUCACAUCUGAGAGAACUCAAUCUGAGCAGGAACGAACCUGGAGACUCAGGAGUGAAGAUGAUGUCUGAUCUCCUGAAGGAUCCACAGUGUGAACUUGAGAAACUAGAGCUUGAGGACUGCAGUAUUGUUGAAAGAGGUUUUGCUGCUCUGGUUUCAGGUCUGAGAUCAAACCCCACACACAUAAGGGAGCUCAAUCUGAACUCUAAUAAACCAGUGUUCUCAGGAGUAAAGCUACUCUAUGAUCUACUGGGAGAUCAGCACUGUAAAUUGGAGAAACUACAGUUGGAGUGCUGCAGUAUUGGAGAGGGAGGUUGCGCUGCCCUGGCUUUAGCGUUGAGAUCAAAUCCCUCACAUCUGAGAGAACUCAAUUUGAACUACAAUGAACCAGGAGAUUCAGGAGUGAAGCUUCUGUCUGUUCUAUUGAUGGACCCACGCUGUAAACUGGAGAAACUAGAGUUGUCUCACUGCAAUAUUCGAGACAGAGCAUGUGCUGCUCUGAGUUCAGCUCUGAGGUCAAACCCUUCACACCCGAGAGAGCUCAAUCUGAACUAUAAUCAGGACAUUUAA